UACAGACGUCAUUGGAAUGAACGGACCCGUCCCGGAUGCCGUACUAAACCCGGACAGGAUGUGGCUUUGAAUUAUGUUACCAGUAUGUGUUAGCUAAGAACAACGACUUGUAAGCAUAAUGACAAAAAACAUAUUCCCCCAAGAAAAAAUAGCUUUUUUAUCAAAGUAGAGGAUCGUGGCGGGGAUGUGGCUACGUUAUGGGAAACGUUUUCGGGAGAAAGAGUCGCCCUUCUCGAGUUACAGAACAAGACCGAGCGAUUCUGCAACUGAAACAGCAGAGAGAUAAACUGAAGCACUACCAGAAGAGUGUCACCCUGCAGCUGGAGAAGGAGAGGAGUCUGGCCAAGCAGCUGCUGAAGGAUGGAAAGAAAGACAAGGCACUGGUUCUUCUCAAGAAGAAGCGUUAUCAGGAUCAACUGCUAGACAAGACGGAGAACCAGAUAUCAAACCUGGAACGCAUGGUUCAAGACAUUGAGUUUGUCCAGAUCGAGAUGAAAGUCAUUGAGGGGCUGAAGGUUGGAAAUGACUGUCUGAAGAGUAUGCAUGAGGCCAUGUCACUAGAGGACGUGGAGAGGAUCAUGGAUGAGACCCAGGAUGCUAUAGAAUACCAAAGGCAAAUAGAUGAGCUGCUGUCAGGCUCCCUGACUCAGGAGGAUGAGGAUGCUGUGCUAUCUGAGCUGGAGGCUAUCACUCAGGGAGAAGAUGUAGAACUUCCAGAGGUCCCCACUGAGCCUCUACCAGAGGUCCCAGAACCAGCUGAGACAGAGCCAGGUAACGAGAGAAGACCAGCAAGGAACAAGGAGAACAGAGAGAUGCUGGCAGCGUAGAGACAAGACUCAACAAUAACAACAGUAGCUGUGGAUGGAG